AUGGAGGCCCCGAGGACCCCCGGAGGAGCGCAGUUCUGCGGCCACUGCAGCCAGCAGCUGGAGGGCGCGGCCGCGUGCCCGGCGUGCGGGUGGAGGGACCCCGCGCGGAUCCCGCACAAUUGCACGAGGUGCAAGGCGUGCUCCGUGCGCGGGCUGAACUUUUGCCCGAACUGCGGCGCCGCAUGUUGGAACAAGAUGCAGCGCACGGCUCCUGCUGUCACCCCCCUGUCGGACGACGUGCUCGCCCUCGCGGACAACCCGUGGCCCAGAGGGGUUGAGGAGGGGUCCACCGUGUGCAUCGGCUGCAGCACGAGGGUGGACUUGCGAUUCUGCCCGGGAUGCGGCAAGGAGGACAGGACGGAAAACCAGACGCUCCGGCUGAAGAAGUCGUGGACGAAUGCCUUGCCGAGUUCUUGGGCGGAUUCCAUGCGCGCUGCCGCAGGGCUCCGCCCAGCAGCGGCUGGACCAGAUCUUGGCCAGCAAGCCCUACCUGGAGAGAUCCCGGAACACUUCCUGAACUACUAUGUCCGGCUGUGCGCCAGGGCCACCGCGGACGAGGACGAGGAGGGGGCGCAACACGCGUGGGACAACCUCAGCAUGGCGGUCGACAACGAGGAACGCACGGUCGCGGUCGCCUUCCGCAUGUUCGACAAGGACAGGAGCUCCAAGCUGGACCUCGAGGAGUUGCAGUUCAUGCUCCAGUACAUCGGCCUGCCCAGCUCCCUGGAGGACGCCGAGGCGCUCCUACGGCGCACCGACACGGACUCGGGGAACAACGACAUGUCGAUCUCUUUCGAGGAAUUCCUCCUCUACGUGGGAGAGAUGGGUGGCUGCCGCAACCUCGUGCAGGGCAGGCGCGAGCAGAUCGAGAGCAGACUGCCCUUCAAGCGGAGGCGGAGACGGAGUCAGGAGAAUCGGCUUCUGGUGAACUCGCAGGACCCUGCGCAGGCGCAGGUAGUCUCUCCAGAGGAGCACAGUCCCGUGAGGAACAAGUCGUCCAGGCUAAACCCCGGCCGUCUGGCUCCUGGGAGUCCGGGAGGAGCGCAAGGCCGCCGAACGACGCCGCCGGGACCGCAAGUCCCAAGCUGA